AUGCCCGCUCUCACUAGUGUGCCAACAGUUGAUCUGUCUAAUCUCAAUACCCAAGAGGGGAAGAGAUUGGCAUUGGAUAACAUCCGACGCGCUUGCACAGAUUGGGGAGUUUUCUACCUCUCGGGCACACCCGUUUUGCCCGCCGUGCUUAACAAUGCCACCAAUGAGACCCAGGCAUUCUUUAGCCGCUCUACCGAGAAGAAGAUGGAAAUCGCACUGGAGAAUGUUCCCAGCUCUCUUGGAUAUGUCCCCCUGGCUAGCGAGCGCACUGGCGGUAAAGUCGAUUACCGUGAGCGGAUUAUCUUACGUGGCGACGAUCCUGCCAGCGGGGGCUGGGAAAAGUCAGAUCCCCUAUACAUGACACUUCAGGGGAAAAAUCAAUGGCCAUCUGAGAUGCCCAACUUCCGCAGGGCGCAUGAAGACCUUUUAGCUUCAUUCACAGAUGUAUCGCGGACCGUACACAUGACUUUUGGAGGAAUCAUCUACCAGGCCACCGACCAUGAGUGUCUGCAAGCUCAAGCUCCGAACGGUGAAUGGGUGAUCUGCCCUCCAAAGCCAAACACAUUGGUCUACGUCGUUGGAGCGAUCUGCGAGUCAAUUACUCGAGGGGUUUUUAAAGCUUGCUUCCAUCGAGUUCUAACCCCAGCCCCUGAAUCUGGAUCUCGAUAUGCCAUAGUUGCCGCUCUCCAUAUUGAUUACGAUAUCUCUUUGACCAACCCCGAGGUUAUGAAAGCGCUGGAAAUAAUUGGUAAAAACCUUCAAGCUGGAUUGGAGGUUAACAAUGGAAUUUUGGAAGAUUUCCUCAAUGAGAGGUUUGAUGCUAUUGGCAUGAGGACUUUACAGCGGUACAUGCGUAGCUUUCCGGAAGUCACGGCCAAAUGGUUCCCUGACUACUCAGGCCGUGCUAUUACUGCCUAG